AUGGAACCAUAUGAGUUGGAGUUUGGCCAGGAUACUAUGGCCAGUACCUACAUUGACCCUUCAACAGGAGAAGAGAGGAAACAUGGAAUCAGAAGGGGGCGGUGCGCGGGCUCGGCGCGCAGGCGGAGGGCACCCGGGGCGUGCCGCGGCUGGUGCCAUCGGCGGCCGCGGGGCAGGGACGGCGCGGCCCGCGGAUGCACGGGCGGCCCCACCCGGCGGGCGCGCUGGAGACGCCGCGGGCAUGGUACCCGAGCGCCGCUCCCGCGGGCCCGCCGUCCGCCCGCCGCGCUGCUCCUGUUGCUGCUGCAGCUGCGGGGCGCCGGGGCGCAGAAAGGUGAUGGUUGUGGACACACUGUUCUGGGCCCAGAAAGUGGAACUCUUACUUCAAUAAACUACCCACAGACGUAUCCCAACAGCACGGUGUGUGAGUGGGAGAUUCGUGUAAAAUCCGGACAGAGAGUGCAGCUCAAAUUUGGUGAUUUUGAUAUUGAAGAUUCAGAUGCUUGCCAUUUUAAUUAUUUGCGAGUUUACAAUGGAAUUGGACCCACCAGGACAGAGAUAGGUAAAUACUGUGGCCUGGGCUUUCAGAUGGACAGUUUAAUUGAGUCAAAAAGUAAUGAAGUCACAGUACAGUUCAUGAGCGGGACACACCUUUCUGGGCGUGGAUUUUUUGCCUCAUAUUCAACCACUGACAAAUCAGACCUAAUAACCUGUUUAGACAAUGCAAGUCACUUUUCUGAACCAGAAUUCAAUAAGUAUUGUCCAGCUGGAUGUGUGAUUCCUUUUGCUGAUAUUUCUGGCACUAUUCCUCAUGGAUAUAGCGAUUCCUCGUCACUUUGCAUGGCUGGUGUGCAUGCAGGAGUCGUGUCCAAUAUUCUGGGUGGACAAAUCAAUGUUGUAAUCAGCAAAGGCAUUCCAUAUUAUGAAAGCUCUUUGGCUAACAAUGUCACCUCAAAAGUAGGACUAUUAUCUGCAAGUCUCUUCACUUUUAAGACUAGUGGUUGCUAUGGGACACUGGGAAUGGAAUCUGGAGUAAUCCCUGAUUCUCAGAUUACUGCGUCAUCAAGUCUAGAGUGGCCUGACCAAGCAGGCCAGGAACACAUAUGGACUCCUGAAAGAGCCAGAUUGAAAAGGCCUGGACCUCCUUGGGGUGCUUUUACCACUGAUGUGUAUCAGUGGUUACAAAUAGACCUGAAUAAAGAAAAGAAAAUAACAGGCAUUAUAACUACUGGAUCCACCAUAGCAGAGCACCACUAUUACAUCUCUGCCUACCGAAUUCUAUACAGUGAUGAUGCACAGAAAUGGACAGUAUACAGAGAACCUGGUGUUGGUCAGGAUAAGGCUUACAAUUCCAACACUUGCUGCUUCUGGGAUCUGCAGCUUCAGGAGAUAUUUCAAGGAAACACUGAGUAUUACCAGGAAGUUCGCAAUAACUUCAUUCCACCUAUUAUUGCACGUUUUGUUAGGGUUAACCCGUUAAAAUGGCAUCAGAAAAUUGCAAUGAAAGUGGAACUGCUAGGAUGUCAGUUUAGUAUAGGUCGGGCUCCAAAACCUACCAUGCCGCCGCCGCCGCCACCACCACAAAGUAACAACGACUUCUCCCUGCAGACUGAUAAAACAACCUCCACUCCUGAGAUCAAAAACACCACUGUGACUCCAACUGUAACCAAAGAUGUGGCAUUGGCAGCAGUCCUAGUUCCAGUACUGGUGAUGGUCUUCACUACUCUCAUUCUGAUCUUAGUGUGUGCAUGGCACUGGAGAAACCGAAAAAAAAAAGCUGAAGGAACAUAUGACUUACCGUACUGGGAUCGCGCAGGGUGGUGGAAGGGCAUGAAGCAGUUUCUUCCUGCCAAGUCAGCAGAGCAUGAAGAAACCCCUGUUCGCUAUAGCAACAGUGAAGUUAGUCACCUGAGACCAAGAGAAGUCCCAACUAUCUUACAGACUGAGUCUGCAGAGUAUGCUCAACCACUGGUAGGGGGAAUCGUUGGCACACUUCAUCAGAGAUCAACCUUUAAACCAGAAGAGGGAAAAGAAACAAGCUAUGCUGAUGUGGAUCCUUACAACUCAGCUGUACAAGAAGUUUAUCAUGCUUACGCUGAACCAUUGCCUGUCACUGGACCAGAAUAUGCAACCCCAAUAAUCAUGGACAUGUCAGGUCAUUCCACCGCACCUCUUGGUGUCUCUUCUAUUUCUACUUUCAAGGCUACAGGGAACCAAGGCCCUCUCAUAGUGGGAACUUGCAAUAAACUCUUAGCUAGGACAGAUAGCUCAUCAUCUGCACAUGCACUGUAUGAUACACCAAAGGGGAUGCCUGGACCAGGUUCCUCAGCUGAAUUGGUGUACCAGGUACCACAGAGCAUGCCACAUUUUACAGGAAGUUGAGAACUGAGGUAAGUUAUGAAUGAGCUAGAGGGUGGCAAAUGUGAAUUCUUAAAACAAAAUUAUUUGAAGGUGACUAUAUUAAAAUGUCACUUUUGAAUCACAUUGAAUUUUUUUUGUAUUGUAAGUUGUAGUAACAUGGAGUUGAACAAAAAUGUGAUGUGAUAUCGGAGGUCUAGGAAACUAACAAUCCUGCCAUUUCUUUGAGGGUAUAUACAUAUGAUUUAUUUGUUGCUGUUCAGAAACCAUGGACACCCAGUUUACUACUGUACCUGAGAGAGAAGAGUUCCCUAAGAUGAACUUCAGCAAUUGAUAGUCACGCUACGUGGAGAGGAAUGAUACAUUGCUAUAGCCUGAGAGCCAAUAAUUUAGACCUUGCUGAAGAUACUGUUCCUGAAAUACCAAGCUUUAACAUUUCUGAAAUCCAUGUAUAAGAGAUGCAGCUGAGGGAUUGUACCCAACAUCUAGCUUCCCCAAAGAGAACUUCAAAAACUCUUGAUAUUCCUGGGACUGCUGCUGCUCCUGCUGUAACUGAACUCUAGGACAAACUCCCACUGACUUCAUCAGAAGCAGGAUCAAGCUUGAAAGAGUACAAGUGUUCCACCUUUUCUUUGUGGGAUCGGCAAUGCAGAGUUGCUGGAAAUCUGUAAGGUGAGCUACUUUGGAGGAAACAAUUUUUCUACUGUUCUUAGCUUCCUUUAAAAAAACUAAACCCCAACAUCUGUUAGCUUUAUAAUGUAAGUUACCUUUGCCACAUCUUCUCAAGUCUCGUGGACUUUAAGGUCAGAAGGGACCAUCAAGAUCACCUAGUCUGACCUCCUGCACAUUGCAGGCCACAGAACCGAACCCCUCUCUUUUCUAGGGAUAAUUUCUCUGUACUAAUUCAUUGGGUGGUCAGACUCUUUUCUAAACAGAGAUUACAGUGUGAUCAGUGUCCUUAACAAUUGUUACUUGGGAAUUUAUCCCUAGUAAGUGAGACUACUGAAUUAUCCUAAUUUGAAUCCUCUGAGGUUCCCAAUUACCUCUGCAAUGAGGCUGAAAACUUGGUCAUUCUUUGAGGAAAUUGCAGGUCUAAAAGAGUGACUCUUUUAAAAAAAGAACUUAUACUGGUUUAAAUCAGUAGGCAAGUACUGCUGAGAGCUUUUAAGAUUAAGGGAUAGGUUUUCAAGCUUGUGCACAAAAAUGGCCAGCGUAAUCACAUGAAUAAAAUGACUGCAUGAAAGUUGGAGUUUGUGCAUAGACAUCAGUUUAUUUACACAAACACUACACUUCAGGGUAGUUGCAGGUACAUUUUGGCACAGGUGCAUUUGAAAAUUUGGUCCUCUGGACUUCUAAACGUAACUGCUCAUCUCUAGAAUGAAGGGUGAAAAUUACCAGGUCUUAACAAAUUGAGAUUUAUUUUGAAGUGUGCAACAGUUUAAAAGCUACUGUGUAACCCAUUGGAUUCAUCAUAUACUUGAUUGUUUCAACUGUCCAUGCAGUAUUUUUAUUUUAGAAUUAAAGCUGUGCUGAAUUUUAUAUUAAGAGAAAUGGUCUUCUGAAAGCGAUUAGUCUACUUCUACCUACAUGUCGAUGAGACAGAAAGCUCCAUAGCUUAGUUUAAUCUUGCCAAAUGAAAAUUAAAUCGUCUCUGGAUGCUAUUUAAAAAAAUACACCACCACCAAAUUGUUUUAAUCACUUAGACAUUUAUCUUGUAGAAACAACUCAUACCUUGUUUUGAUUAAACAAAUAGUAGUGAAAAACUUAUUUAAAUAGCUUUAUUUUAAUAGUAUAAUGACACUGUUGGGAGGCUACUGAAAAAGUUUAUAAAGGUGACAUACACAGUAGCCCAGCUUUAUGGACUUUUCUUUUGAUUCAAAGAGCCUUGUUUUUUGCCCAAGGCCUGUAUAAUUGGACGUACAACUACUAAAUAUAGAUAUAAACUAAUGCUGGUAAAGGUGACUGCCAAGCCCAAAUGUUAGACAAUUGUAUUUAGUAGUAUCUAUCUUCAUUCUUGCUGCAAACUGGAAAGCUUUACACUCUGCCUUUUCCCUUGAUAUUGAGUUUUUACAAAAAUGUGAUACAUAACUUAUUUUUCUCGUGUUACUGAGGUACUAAGACUAAUCACAUUUGUGAUAGUAACCAUUUGGAAUUAUGUGCACUGUGUUUUAAGGCCUGAUCCUGCAAACUCUUACUCACGUGACUGGUUCUACUGAUGAGAAUAAAGUUUUGUAGGAUUGACCUCUAAAUGUGAAUAUUUUAAGUCUCAGGGGCCUACAAGCCUCUGCCUUCCAAUAAGUUCAAUUACUCGCCCUAUUACUUAUUUGUACUAGUCCAUUAUUUAAUGAAAGGAUUAAUUUGUUAGAACAAUCACCAGCUGUGGGAAUUUUAUCUGUGGUAUUUUCCUAAAUGUAUUUGUUUUUAAAGUUUGGAGACUCUAGCUCUUAAGUGCAUCUGACAAACUUAUUCUGGAUAAAAAAAAUAUUGUAGUGCUACCUAUGGGCAAUCUGCGCACAUCAGUGCUUUGAAAUAAAUUUAACAAGUGAAUUGUCAAAAUUGAGAUCAAAGCUUUAGCCAAAAGAAAUUAUGACCCUUGUUUAAAGAAAAGGCUUAGCAGAGCUUAUAUUUCACAAUAACUUGACAGUGGUGCAGGGAAAAAGGUAAAGAUUUGCUUUAACAAGCUGCCAUAGGAAAGUGGGGUUUAACAUCUGUCUUUACCCCAGCCAUAGCACAUAAAUACAAGGGAAUUUAUUCAAAGGCACUCAUUUCUUAAGGCAGUUCAGAAUUUCAGUAGAAAAACAUCUAGAAGCAAAAUCCCUCCAAUGCAGUAAGUUUGUUUAUAAAAUAGUUGAUGACGCUGUUACUGUUUGUCUUAAAAACAAACAACCAAAAUAUUUUAUACUUCUCUUUCCAUUGUUACAAAGCUCAGUUGAAGUUGUUUUUGCCACUUUUACUCUCUGCCUCUUGCAUGAAAUGUCUAUGUACAUCUGCUCAAAUAAACAUGUUUAUUUUAGUCAUUUUUACCAUGCCAGGAUUAUGUGCCUAACGUACAAUUCGGCAUCAAACUUGAGCUAAUGGCCUGUAUUGUAGAUUUUAACUGAAUGUAAGAUGCAUAACUACAUGUGGCAUUGUCCCAUGUACAGUAAAACCAGAGGUACAUUGAGGAGUUCUUUAUUCUAUAGCAA